AUGUGGACCAGACGCGGCCUGGUCUGGCUGCUGUUGCUGGUGACAAUGUUCACCGCGGGCCAGAUCGAUGCCAAAAAGAGCAGCAGUAGCUCAGGGAAAGGGGAUGAUGUCAAGGCUGGAGCCAAGGAACCGGUUAUUGAGGAGGUCACCUCGAAGCAACUGGAGAGGCUGCUGAACGACAAGGAUUUUGUAGCUGUGUUUUGGUAUGCAAGGAGUUGUGUGACGUGCGACAAGGUGCUGGAGGAGUUGGAAAAAAUCGACGACGACACUGAUAAGUUCGGAGUUGACUUCGUGAAGAUAAACGACAAACGACUCGCCAAGCAGUACGGCAUCAAGAACUUCCCGGCUCUGACGUACUUCCGCGAGAAAGAACCGAUCAUUUACGAUGGUGAGGAGGAAAAUUAUCACAAAUUUGAAAAAUCACUCCAAUUGACGAAAGUCCACAAUUAG